AUGUUCCAACAAGUGGUAUUAGAGCUAUGUUUCAACAAGUGGUAUCAGAAUAAUAUUCCAACAAAAUUGCCCAAAUUUUUCAAUAGAGAAGUUUACGAUAUAGUGGAUGGUGGUGGUGGGUCGAAGGCAAUAGGUCCCACGGGGUUAGUUUUGGCCUUGGCUCCAUCAAAUAGGACAGAGGGUGAAAAGGUGGAGGUGGAGGCGGUGUUUGAUAGUGGGUGGAGUGCGGCGCCGGAGGAUAGGUUGUUUUCGUAUUUUGAGGACUUGGGUCAAAAGGAAAUUGGUGGCAGUACGAAUAAGGAAUUCAAGAAGGGGCCGACAAAGACGACGAAUUUACCUGCUCCAAUUCCAAUUUCAGGCACGACACACGAGAAACAACUAACUUCAAACCCCGAACCAGGAACUACUCAAGAAGGAUGGAAGAGAAAACGAUUUGCCAUGGAUGAAGAGGAAGAAACAACAAAUGUGUUGCAUCAAGUAAUUGAUGCGUUGGAAAAGAAUGGCAAAUUGCUGAGCUCUCAACUUGAAGCUCAGAACACCAACUUUCAGUUAGACAGAGAACAGUAG